GUGCGUCACACAGUCGGUGUUUUGAUCUCGUGGUGAGUAGACAUGGAGGCCGAAGACCACCAUCUCGCGGAUGAGUAUGUGCAGGAGUUCGUACUUGACCACCUAGAGGACGCAACCCCGGUCAAGCAGCCGCUGCAUCAUCUGCACGGGGGUGGAGUGCUCAUGAGAAGUAACAACAACCUAGUGACUCUGGUCUCCAGCACUAGCCAUAACAGCCAUCCCGGGACGCCGGGAACACCCCCAGACACACCGCCGGUGAGCGCCUCCCCGCCACCAUACCAGCACGAAUUGCAACAGCCCCCACAACAACAGAUUCCUGGAGGCGGCAUCAAAGGGUACACGGACAUGGAAAUGAUGUGGUCCAUUACACAAUCACUGCGAUACGGGGGCGGGCACCAAGAACCACUGGACCUGCGGCCGAGUAAUGCCGGACCCGAGCCUGACAACUGCUGGGGUGUAACACCCCAACAACAACAACAGCAGCAGCAGCAGCUUCACACCACGGUAAUCACUGGUGGUGGAGGCAAGAUGGUGCAGUUGCCAGCUCUCCAUCACCACCACCAUCACCACCACCACAGCGACUACAUGGGGGAGGAGGAGGUGCAAACGCCAGUCAGCCCUCGCAUGGGCAUGAACAGGCCCCUCAGCUGCGGCAGCAGUAGCGUUAUGUCGCCCCUCAGCUCCUCCGGGGGCGGCGGUCAGCACCUCGGGUUCGGCCCCGGUCCUGGCGACGAUAUCCUAAACGACGACGCGCUCAUGUCUCUGUCGGUGAGAGAACUCAACAAGCGGCUGCACGGGUUCCCACGGGAGGAGGUGGUGCGCCUGAAGCAGAAGAGGCGGACGCUGAAGAACCGUGGCUACGCGCAGAAUUGUCGCAGCAAGCGGCUCCAGCAGCGGCACGAUCUCGAGGUGACCAACAGAACCCUGCAGGCGGAACUGCACCGCAUCAAACUGCAGCUGACCCGCGUGGCCCAGGAACGCGACGACUACAAGCAACGGCUAGACCUCUUGCGGGCCGGCGGAGGCUCCGAUGGCGUCCACAGCUCCGUCAGCUCCUCCGGGCACAGCAAUCCCAGUUCGCCAGAGUUCUACCUGUGACCUCGUUGUGGCUGGAGCUGAGGUGUGAACAAAGUGCCUGCUCGACGGCUCGGGGACCGGUGUUGUUUUGGACCCCACUGUGAUGUUCCUUGCUGUAACGUCUGCCCCGAAAACUCGUGAAAUGGCUCACGUAGGGACAUGUUUCUUGUAUUUAAAUAGCGACAGUACGUUGAUUCAUCGGAUUAUGUCGACAUUGUUGCUCUUGGAUUUCUUUGCUUAGAGAAGGCUGUGCGAACCGUGAGGUCUGUCCGGAAAACGUCUCGGAACCGAUGAGUGUUCUUUCAAUUCAUUUUCUACUAAACGGAAUGGGUAUAAGCCUGUCAUUUACGAUUGAAAUAAGUGAAAGGUUAUUUGUACGCUGUGCAGUCUUCCUAAGAGAUUCUUACGCUACCCAUUUUAGCUCCCCAAUUUCCUCACGAUGCUGGGUUGGCACCGGUCGAAAAUCUCAUGUGAAAUUUCUUUCCCCGAGACUCGGACCAGCGCGCCUUCCGUACCACCGGCCCGAAGCAUGGCGCCACAGACCGCGCGGCUCUGUUUCGUGGAGAUAUUCCCUUACGCUCGUUACUUAUCAAGCAUCUUAAUAUGAACUGGUUGUUCUUAUGGACUAAAUUAGGCUUGUGGGUCUUUUUAUGUUUUAACAACACGUAUUAUCUAUUUUACUUUACAUCAGUAAAUCUUUCUCCUUUUAAAGAUAUGAGGAUAUUAAUUGACGAUGUUACUAAUAAAAUCGCUUCUGUAGCGUCACAGAUCGUUUGAAUCAAUCGAGAUGAGAGAUAUCAGAGCUGUAUUGACGAUAUAACUGAUGAUAAAGGUACUGAGCUUCAACGACAAGAAACAUUUCCAUGCGAACGAUAAUUUUGUAUCAGUGCGUUGCACUGUGUUUAAUCGAUGGAAAACUACAUCAGUUUUCCCACCAAUAAGGAAGUUGCGUGUAGGAAGGUCGUAAAGCACUGUGCGAUAUACUCUAGUUGGGUUAUUGUUGUUUUGGGGUUAUGAUAGGUUUAUGCUAAUGUUAUUAUAGGGAUACCAAGUAUUCGUUUUCUUUGUUACUAUUGCAUUUCUGUUCUGAGGCAUUUGCCUCCUUUUUGCACGCACAGGAGAGACGAUGAUGUAAUAAUACCACUUUGCAUAUCGGUAGGUCUGUCCAGUGCCGGUCUGUACAAAUAAUUCUCCCUCUUCCACUCCCCUAUGUAUAAACGUGGUGUCGAUUUGUUCAAGGAGAAUUGCAUGACUUUUACGAGGGUGAGAGAGGGAAGGGGCGAGGCCAUGAGUUGUGUCAAACAAUAACAACCAUUGUGUAAUAAGUCUUAUUUUUUUACGAAAACAAUAACUACAAAAUGUUUUCAAGAGUUGGUGUAGUAUGACUUUCACGUUUUAACGAACACAGGGUGUCCAUAAAGAACAUUACCAAUUUGCCCGUGUUCUUUAUCAUUCCAUUGUAGUUCUAUUCAGCUCUAGAUCAAUAGUGCAGUGAGCGAUUGCUGUGCAGUAUGUACCUGAUCUUACUACAUUCUUAUUAUGAAUACGAGGAACUAGGAAAGAUGCAUGCACAAACCGCAAUAAAUAAACUGUUAUUAUAUACACAUAGUCCUUGAUAUAAUACAGAUUUAUUAUUAUAAUUAUUUCAAGUUAUAUUACAAACUAGAGGAAACGUUGUCCGUCUCGGUCUCCUGAAUUCAUAUGUUGUCCUCGGUUUUCUAACUUCACAGACACAUAAAAUGCACGUUUUGAUACAAUGCUUACCUGAAUGACAAUUUUUAAAUCGAAAAUGUGUUUGGGACGUUCUGAAAAUUUUCCAAUUGAAUUUUGAAUACUUUCAUAAAUUGCUUGAUGGUUUCCAGGUGACCGCAAUGACAACGUCAUCUCAUUGUUGCAGUAAGCAGCAACAUGCAAUGUAAAUAGCAAUAAAUAAAUGUAUUUGUCACAAUU